AUGAUGAAGCUGAAAUUGUUGUACGCGCUCGCCUGCAUACUGCUGACAUUGGCCAGCUGUGAAGCGAAAGCCACCCACAAGGUAACAUGUGCGGACGAAACGAUGCGAGUCGAUGUGGCACUGCCGACGAACAAUGUUUCCGCCGACUCCGUGUACCUGGACGGCAUGAAGGGUUAUCCGGAUCCGAAAUGUAAACCGACCAUACGGGAAAAUCUGGCAGUGUUUGAGCUUUCCCUGACGAACAUCUACGAUUGUGGCGUAACGCGUGUGAUCAAUCAAAUUACGGGGAAGAAAGUGUUCUAUCAUCGUAUCAUCGUCGAAGCAGGUCCGGAGACUGGCAAGGAGAUCGUGAGCGUGAAAUGCAUCACCACCGGGCCAAGUUACAAUGUUACGCAUGGGAUUGUAAAGCGAGAUGUCCUGCCGGCUGGCUUCCAGGAACCAGAGGAUCUCGAAAUAACGACCUCCAUUACGGAGAAUGCCCCAGAACCGUCGCUCGGCAUUGCCAUCCGUCAGGGAGACAAGCUGGUGUCGGGCGACCUCAACGUUAGCCCCGGGGCUCACCUUCAGAUGGAAAUUUUUCUCGACAACCGUUCGGCACCGAUUUACGGCCUGGGCGUAAACUACAUGCUCGUCACCGACACCAAAUACCAGGAGGAAACGAUCAUUUUCAACGGCUGUUCGGUUGAUCCUUAUCUGUUCGAAAACUUCAACACCGUCGACGGGGACCUGUUGGCGGCAAAGUUCCGGGCCUUCAAGUUUCCCGAAUCGACGUACGUGCAGUUCCGCGGCACGGUAAACGUUUGCGUCGAUCGGUGCAAGGGUGUGAUCUGCAGCAACGGUCAGACCGCUUUCGGGCGCCGCAAACGUGAGAUCAGCGUGGCACCGGCCGACCCGAACAAGGUGUACGAGGUCACAAUGACCACCUUCAUCAAGGUGAACUACGAUGAAAAUGCGGAUCAAAACACCGUGUCGGAGAUUGAUCAGAAAAUCCGCCAGUUGAAGCUCACCAACCAGAAGCUUGCCCGUAACAGCCGUGCAGGAAAUGUGUUCGAGAGCAUUCACAACGUGCCAGCACGGGCACCAGAUGUGAUGGAACCGGGGACGACCAUUCCUUCACUUGACAACGAAAGCGCCAAGGUCGAGGAAACGAUCGUGUUCCGGGAGGUGAUUACCCGACAGGAAGAGGACACCUUCGAGGACGUCAACAGCGGGUCACGGCGGAAGGAUUGGCCGUGGCAGCUCUCCGUACUAUUCGCACUCUGCUCGAUCGUUCUGGAGAUCGUUCGCCAUUGA